AUGCCUUCACCCCGCGCACAACGCGCCCGCAGAGAGACUCGCAGCGAGGCUGUCGUCGAGCACUCUUCCCCGUCGCGCCCGUCGAAGCGUCGUAAAAAGGUACCCCAUCUCCAUCUCCAACCCCGCGCUGGCGCUGGCGCAUUUGCAACUGAAGCCGCAUCGUCAAUGUUUUCCUUGAACCCCUCCCCCUCCUUUUCUUGGACCUGCAUCCCACUAGCUCCAUCAUCAUCUCCCGAUGCGGCUGUCGAGCCUGCCGACGAGGGUGAUUCCUCGCAUGUCGCCGACCAAUCGACCACGCCCUUGACGGACGAGGAACUUAUAACAAAGGUGUCCCGUAGUCUGCACGCGCCCGCGCAGCCGAACCAGCUCGUCCAGGCCAGCAGGGAUCAUUCAAACCUGCUUCACGAGAACAAUAACGAGGGUGUUCAGGCCUAUGCAAAGCUUGCCGCCUCGGACUGGACUUAUUUCAUCAGGCAGCUCAAGGUCAAUAUUGGACGCUGUCCCGACCCUCCGGCCGCACCUUCUCCUGCGCCAGCGCCGGCCGACACUCAGGGGAGCUCGGCUCCGCCUGUCGCUGACGACAAUGCCGUUCACGUCGAUCUCGGACCUAGUAAGAUGAUUUCGAGGCUGCACGCCGUCAUCUACUUUGAUGGGGACCAGGAGGCGUGGCGCCUGACGGUCAAAGGUCGCAAUGCGCUCAAGGUCGAUGGCAUCCCUUGGAGGAAUGGGCAAUCUGGCGUUUUGAAGAGCGGUGAGGUUAUCGAGAUUGGCGGGGUCGAGAUGAUGUUUGUCCUCCCUGUUGAGCUUAGCCCGCUCGCCAUACACAAACAGUACCUGGAGCGCGCGGGAAUCGGGAAGCCGGAACCAGCUGCCGCUCCCGUCCGGUCGGUCCGCCAUCCGCUUCCCUCGGGUGAUGGCCUUCACUCGAGCUCCCCCAACAAGUCAUCUCGAGGUCAUGGUGCCCAAAAAACGCUGGCGCCUGCGCCUCCCGACUACAAGCGACCGGGUACGCCCCCCUCGAUUCGUCGUGUAGGGUUGGGCGUCAAGGGGCCGAAUGUUGAUUCCACUCCCGGGCCUAUCUUGAUGACCAACUCGGAUGUCGAUCUGAGCCUCGAUGAAAAUGCGCACAUCAAGCCCCAAUACAGCUACGCUCAGCUAAUCACACAGGCCAUCAUUUCCACGCCCGAUCACAAAUGCACACUGGCGGGAAUUUACCACUUUAUCACUACCAAGUAUGCCUACUACCGCCAUCAACCAGCUGGUGGCUGGCAGAACUCCAUCCGUCACAAUCUUUCCCUACACAAAGCGUUUGAAAAGGUGGCAAGGCACUCUGAUGAGCCGGGCAAGGGCAUGAAGUGGCAGCUGGUGGCCGAGAACCGCGAAGAAAUGAUCAAGCAAACCUGGCGUGUCGGUCGAGGCGGCCACCGCGGGGCGUCUAGUAAUCCGUCCUCACCAUCGUCGGCCCAGCUGAACUACAUCACCUCGGGACCGCGCGACAUGGCCGCAGCCAGGGACCCCGUCUCUUCUGCCCGAAAGAGAAAGGUUUCCCCUUCUGGUUCCCCGCAACCCCGGACGGUUCUCCGCACCACCGAAGCAGCGGCUCACUCCACACCCGUCCGAGCGACCAGGAAACCCCUCCCUGACGAGCCGGGAAAAGAUCUUGACGGCAGCCCGUUGCCCCGGGCGGCGAGGAAGCCGGCGGCUUCGAGCGCUCUGGGCAAGGUGGAGAAUGCUCCCGGUUCGCCGACGCUGACGUCGAGCUACGACGCGAACGAGGAUCACUUGUCGCAGUUCGUCACGCCUGCCCCGCCGAGGGUGCACCCGAGGCUGGCGCCGCCGAGCACGGCGCAGAGGCCGAGUCAGCACAUGCCUACUAGUUCGCCGGCAGCCGUUCGGGAACGUGUGCCGUCUGUCGUGAUCAAAAGGCAC